GAGCAGCAUCCCGACCUCACAGCAGCUCUGCUGCUGACACUGUUAGUGAAAGAGAGGAAAUCAUAUUGAGCUGUAGCUGCACACUUCAGGUGAAACAUGACACACCGGUCCGGCUCCUGCACGGAGCUGGGGCGGGGACGUUAACGGGACUUUACCGGCUGUUCUGCAGCAAGAGGGUCCAUCAUGCCAAAGGAACAGCCUUGCUUGAGUGAACGUGGUCCCAGCGCUGCAUCCAGCAAGAAAGCCAAAGAAAAGCGCAACAGUGCAUUUCUGAGUGAAAUACAUGAUACUAAAGAUGCAAGUGAUUCCAGCAGAAGAGGCUCGAGCUGCAGCUCUGAAAAAGAUUCAGGCUUUUCUGAUGGCUCAGACUGGCAACAGACAGAUGUUGAGGACCAGCGUAACAACAAAAAUCAUCCCAGGCCAAAGGAACCUGCAGAUACAUCACAUCCAGGCCCAAACAAAAAACCUGGCCUUCAGAAUUCAGGGAAUGCUGCAAUUGUGCCGGCCAAACUCGACAACCGACCUGUCUAUAUCAUUGAGGACAUGGUGCUUAAGCAGCAGCCAACCAUGAUCCAAAAAAGAGAUCAUCUGCUUUGGAGAAAUGGCAUCAGGGUAAGCAACAAUUCUGGUUCCUCACAUAUGAUUCUUUUUGAGCAGCCGAGCUUUUCGCCAGGCCACCUUCAAAUCCAUCAGCCCUCGUCACGGAGGUCUAAUGCCACAGGGAAGAAACCAAACACCUACCUACCCAUCCUCAACUCCUACCCUCGCAUUGCACCACACCCUAGCAAUAAGCCACCUGAUAAGUCUUUAUCCAACCAAGAGUCCCAAAAUCUGAGCAAAAGGGUUUGUACAGAAAAGAGUAAUGAAACUCCUGCACGCAGUCUCCAAGGGCAACACCUCCACAAACACCCUAAACUGGGAGUCUCAAGAUCUGGCCAGUUGUGUUCUUCAUCAGCCACACAUACGGCGUCCACCUAUACUCCUACUGCUGCUCCCACCAGCCUGGGCUCUCCGUUGACGCCUGGUCUGCACACCGCUUCCCCCUGUCCUCCCGCCACUGGACCUCCUAGGAAUGUCAGCACUGGUGCUCAGCACCACCGUUUCCUGAACACAGUGCAAAUCCUAGGCCAGUCAGGCCUGUUGGACAUUACAUUGCGCACAAAGGAACUUCUGCGUCAGAGCAACGCCACAGAGCAGGACAUUUCCCAGCUGCGCCAGCACACAGAGCUAAUGUGCCAAGCCGUCAGCAACCCCAGCCUCAGUCUGAACGGCAUCGCGGCCUGGGAACACCUACAUCGGGUCAUGGCUGCAUCCGGCAGUUAUCCAAACCUCAAAGUCCAGCAGAUACCUCAAAGCCCAUUACAUUUAGAUCUCCACAAUCGCCUUGAAAGUCUUCCUGCUGGUGACGUGAAUAGACCCCAUGCUGCCGACGGCUCACGGGUGCCAUCUUGCUCUCUUGCCACUGUACUAGAGCGGUCUGACUUAGAAGAAAGUGAAAGACUUGGCACCUGCGAUAAAGCCUCAGAGAGAGUCACUUUUAUGUCUCCUGAUAGUUCUACUGGUUAGCACAACCUGCAGUGCCUUUUUAAAAGGGUGAGUGAGAAGUCAUGGCUAUUUCAGAAGUGUAUUUCAAAAGUAUGCACAUCCUUUGGCAUAUCUCCUAUUGUGCUCUUACACUUGGAGUUAAAAUAGAUCUUGGGGGAGGUUGUGUCACAUGCCUACGACAUUGAAGGAAAAACCAAUCAGUAGUGAAAACUGAAUCCCCGAUCAUGCAUAAGGGGUCCCUGCCGCUCUAAUGCUGUGUGUAGAGAUCUCCUCUGCAGCCCCUUUGCUUUGGUUUUAUUCCUUGCUUAGCUCUUUUUAAAACUCUCGGGCAUAACAGUUGUAGAAAUGUUGACACGCUUGCAUUGCUCAGAGAUUGACUCAUCCUUUAACUCCUUAGGGUAAAUGUCUGCAGUUGAUCACAAUUGAGGGCUUCAAAGCAAAGAGGUUGAAAACAUAUGCACACACUACAUUUCAGUUUAUAUCUUGUUUUCAGAAAUGUUCUCAAUUUGGAUACAUUUGUGCAAGUUCGUUUUAUAAACUUAUAUAAAGGUUGCAGUGCAGAGUAAGAAAAAGCCUGGGGGGCGGGGAGUGGUACUGUACUUCAGCAAGGCACAGUAAUCAGAGGGGAUCAAGUGUUUUUGGACAACGUGUACUUUCUAUGUUUUAUCCCGGAUUAUUUAUACCCAUUGUUAAAGGCUCAUGUCGAAUGUUUUCUUUAAGAUGAUGGAAAUCUGACUUGUGAGUUUAGCACUGAUUGUACAGUUUCAGAUGUUUUGUUUGAUGUUUUGAAAGCUGAUCUUAAUAUAAUAAUCCACAACUCAAUCCCAAGGCUCACUAAGUGACGAGAGGAUUGUGAUCCUCAGAGUCGAAGUUAUUGUUAGUUGCCAGGCUGCCAUGUCUUACCAAAAGUAUUAAGGGAAAAGAUAAAUGUUGAAAUAAAUGUGGAGAAAGAGCCAGCUGCCUGAGCUAAGUGCCUUGAAUAAAUAAUACAGUUGAAGCCAAAGGCUCCUUGCGGCUCAAGCAGAGGUUCAGCGCUGCAGAGCAGAGCUCCUUACAACACUAACUUUCCUACACUGGUCCUUUUCGACACAACCUGGGAAAAAAACUGCAUUAUACUUAAAUGUGUUUUUGUAUUGCCAGGUCCUUCACCAUCAGAGACAAUUAUAUAAUAAUUAACUUCAUCAAAGGUUUUUAUUCAUAACCAAUAAACUCAACACAGGUCCUUUUCAAAUAACUUUUUAAACCAUAUCGUGUCACAACAGACAGCUUCGUCAUCUGUUGUGAAGACAUUCUAUGUUUUUUUUCUUUUGAAUUUUUAACUUUUUCUUUUCUUUGCUUUUGUUGCCUUGAGAGUUUGAUGGUUGACAGUUUUUAGUUGUGUUGACUAUGUGGGGUUGUAUUCAUGUGGGACAGUCAUGUGCAACAGGUUACUACACUUCCUGUUCUGUUUUUUCAUAACAACAUUAUGAAAAUCAUCUUAUAGUAUUAUGUCUUAAUAUCAGGCAAGUACAAAUCCAGAUAAACAACAUCAUGCAGCUUUUUUCAUCAUGCCAUUAUUAACUUUUAAUGCCUUUGUCUUUUAUUAUUUAUGCAUUUUUUUUUUUACAUCCCCCUUGUGGUCCAAUAGCUUGUAGUUCCACCUUUAGCAGCAAUAACUUAUCUUUUUCUUGUAUGAGUUUGUUAGUCUGUCAAAUCACUGUGGGUGAGCGUAGACUUGUGUUCAGGGUUUUUCUAAUUGUGUUGCCAUGGUUUUUAAGAUUGACCAGCUCAGCAAGGUCUCCAGGGUCUGAUGUCUUAAGUUUAUCUGUAUUUUAUGAGAAUUGCAUAGUCUGACCUUGCAGUAAAUUUGCUGAGAUGCCCACUUCUUGAAAGAUCGGCAACUGUCUUGAAUUCCACUUGAGAAUAAUCUUUCUCAGUGUUGAAUAUUGUUUUAAAAUGGUCUGACACUCUCCAGAUUGAUGUGCAGCAACUGUAGAGCUACGGGUAAGACCUGCCCCCCAAACCCAGUGCAGUAUCAGCUGCUCAGGGAUCAGAGCUCAGACAUCUGCAGCUUUCAGCUCCAUGGAGAAACAUUAGACUAGCGUCGUGAGUUUACCUUAGCAAGUGGGGCUACCAAGCACCAAGUUCUAACUUUAAAUAGUGUUUUGGUAGCGUGUGUGUGUGUGUGUGUGUGUGUGUGUGUGUGUGUGUGUGUGUGUGUGUGUGUGUGUGUGUGUGUGUGUGUGUGUGUGUGUGUGUGUGUGUGUGUGUGUGUGUGUGUGUCUGUUGUUGUCUGUCUGAGGUUAAAUUUGCCCAAUACUAAGACACUUGUUCACUAUGAGCAGAUGAUUUGUUUUAACUUUUUCACAUGACUAUUUAUAUAUUUUCUAUAUAUUUAGAAUAUUUCCUCUGAUUCUGUUUGCUUGUGCGCUUGACAAACAGGACUGCCAGAGUUCCACACAUUUCUGAAGUUUCAAGUGAUUUAUACUGUGUUUUCCAUGAUUUCUGAGCUAUUUAAAUAAAACAUUUGAAAAAUCCAUCUUUUAGUGAUGAAUCAUUUCAAACUGAAUGUCAUGU